AUGGCAGUUAUCACACCUGCAGGAAGUCAUAGGCGGUGCAGAUGUUUGUACAACUGGGUUGAGACGACGAGUGAAGCCCAUUUUGGAGAAAGCGAGGCUGCUCAGACCCAUUUGAAGAGGGGCAGUCUCAAGGAAGGAACGAAGAACGAUGUGCAUGCGCAGACAAAACUUAGUGACAUUUUCAACCAAUUGAAAGCUGUAGAUAAGUUUUCUAAUAAGUGGGAGGAAGAUGAGCCAUUUAGGGAAGAACUCAAAGAAUUGAACGACAUUGUUGAGGGGGUGAAGGCGAAUGUGGGCAACUCCUUCAUAUUGAAAGAUUUCGACGCAGCUUUGGAGGGGCUAGAAGGGGGUGGGGAAACGUUCGAAGGGGUAGAAGCGGACUGGGAAAAGAGCGAAAAGGUAGAAGCGGGUUUUGAAACGCUCGAAGAGGUAGAUGCGGAUUGGGAAACCUACGACGAGAUGGAAGAAGUUGUGGCCACCCCCAAUGCGCCAAACCAAACGGACGAAGUCAGUCCAGAUUGCACCCUCCCAGAAGAAGCACCGGUGGAAAGGCUGAAAAAACGGCUUUCCCUCCUGCGCAAGAAAUGUUCAGACCUAACAGAGCAGCUGAGCGAAGGAGAAGUGAACGAGCUGAUUAGCCACUUGGAUAACGCUCCACCCAUUCAGGAGGUACGAAGUUUAUGGUGGCACCUACGAGGAGUAGAAAGAAAUCACUACGUUCGUGUUAUAAAAGGAGGUAAAAAUAUUCUACGAAAUUUUAUUAAGACAAUUUAA